CUUGGCACGGAGCGAAAAAUCAGUGCACAAUCCGGAAUCUCCGUACUUCUUACGACUUUGCUCUUUGCUUGCUUCUCUAUAUCCAUCCCACUCGUUGCUCCACCUCCACUGGCACUUCAGACGCAGGAACUCCCCAGAAAGUCUUCGCCAUGCCUGCCCCGUCUUCGUUGCCGGAAUACGUUUACAAGAUCGUCCUCGAUGACCCUACGCCUUUUCUUCCUACUGGGCUUCCUGUUUCCGAGCUGGACAAGAAGGAUGGAUUUAUUCAUCUGAGCACUGCCGAACAGGCACCCGUCACUGUGCGCCGUUUUUACGGAGACGCGACGGCGAUUUAUCUCCUGCAGGUUGUGUACGCAGCAGUUGAAGACAAGAUCAAGUGGGAUGAGACUUCGUCCGGCACCUUUCCACAUAUAUAUGACCAAGAUUUGAGCAAAUCCUUGAACGCAAAGAACGUCCGGAAAGUAUUAGAAUGUAGAAGGGAUGAAGAUGCUACUUGGGACGGUAUUGUGGAGAAAACUAUAGCUCUAGCACAGUAAUACCGUGUAACUUCUUAUAUGGAAAUCUACACCAACAGCUCAUUGUCGGCGCAGUGAUGACCGCGUACCUUCAACGAUGUGUUGCCAAACACGUUGAAGCACGAGUGAACGGAUAGAUCAUGUCGUACAACACGAGUCCUUGGCCAUAGCAGAUACACCAGACAACAUUUGUGGCUCUGGCCGGUUUACAAGUUGUUGACGAAUCAUUUCGUCGACCCCUUGCUAUGUUACGUUGUGGCUUGAUUUGAAUCUUUGCAAUUGAAAAAGCUUGCAAUAUUACGCGGUUGAUAUGAAUCAAUUUUUAGCAUUUCGGAAGAGCAAGUUCAAUAACAUUUGGUAUGGGUGCACCGAGCAGCUUGCUAGCCCUCUUCCACUCACCCUAAAAGAAGAGAAUAGAAAAGAGAAGAACAAUUCCGUAGAGGCAUUGUUUUAUCUUGACUGCUGCUUCAA